AGACAAGUCUUAGUGAUUGUAUUAUUGCAAGCUGAAACAUAUCAAACUCCGGAAGCAGGCAUGAUGUCGAAAGAUUUUGAUUUUUCUCAGAAGGGUAUGAGCGACGCCACUAGUAGCGACUUACGUAACGAGUCAGCACAUCCAACAUUCUCUGGGACUAAGCAACUUUUCACGUUAAGCUCGCCGUUUUACCAGGGACCCACGUCCUUUGGCGGUAGUGCGGCUAUUACUCGCGUUUGGAACAAUUUUAAGUGCAGCAGAAUACUUGCUUCUGAAAUCAACAAAAAGAUGGAACCGCCAACUUAUUCGGAGUCCUUAGAGUCGAAGAUCAUGAAACGCCGUCGUCUGUACGCUCUUUUAAAUAGGAAAGAAAUUACGUAUAGCAAAUACCGGAAUAUACAGAAUGAGUCCCGGAUAGGAAUCAUUAAAGAGGUGGAGGAAACACAAAUGCCAGAAACCACAUAUAAGAAGAAAUCGCCUACGAAACCAGUUAUGCGAACAUUCUACUUCUCGGAGCCUAUACCGCUAAUGCAACAUAAUUCAAAGCGCAAUUUUGUAUUUUCCGACCCAAUUCCUCUGGAUUAGGAUACUUGUUUGUUUUACAAAUUUUUCAAAUAUUUCUAAAUUGUUUGAAUAUAGAAGGUGUUUCUGUGUAUUACGUUGAUCGGUUAAAGCCUAGCUAUACAAAGAAAAUACAAUAUUUUCUUUUAUUUUAAAAUUAAAAUCAAAUUUUUGUAGCACAAAUUCGUUGCACUAUUGUAAGAUAUAACUGAUGAAUUUGUUCUUAAAUAAAAGUGAAUUUGCUUUC